AUGGCAUUGCUUGAAUCUUACAGAAAUGUCCCAGCCGACCCCGAACAUAAAUUGAGGCGACGAAUUAUCAGGCGUCAAGUGAAGGUGAGCAUGCGAGCCGACCGUGAAUUAUGGUGGACACAGAAAGCCAAAGAAAUUGAAGAGGCCCAGAAAGCCGGUGAAGCACAAUCCUGGGCGGUGAACGUGGAACCACCUACGGUCUCAGAGGUCUACAACUUGAUAUGUUCUCACAAGCACUACCGAGCUCCUGGUCCAGAUAAUCGCCCACCUCCAUUGUUCAAAGACGGGAGUGAAGUCUGGAAUCAGUGCUUGUCUGAUCUUUUGGCUUGCCUUAGGGAAAAGGAGUCUGUUCCAGACAACUGGGAAGAGUCGGCGAUAGUGCCCAUUUUCAGAAAACGGACCGGGAAACGUCCAGGUCCAUUCGCUGUCAAGUUUUCUGGAGUACAUGUUGGCUUCAAUAUAUUCAACCCAUCUUUUUUAUCCGUAAUUUCCGACCGAAGUCUAAGGUCAAUAAUGAAACUCCGUUGCCUGCUCACUAUCGGCAAACGGUAUAUGACAAACGCUGCCCCAAGCCCGAAGCAAGCGACUGAUUUGCUCAGUUUGAAUCCAUUGGAUUCGCCCGAUUACUUCAGUUUGAGAGAUCUAGUAACCACUCGAGAACUGUUUCAUGCUCGGGCGCAUCUUGGUCAUCGAUCAGUUUUGCGAAACGAGUACAUGAUUCCUUACAUUUAUGGCUGCCGACAGGGUGUCGACAUUCUGGACCUCGAUCAAACAGGGCCUCUGUUGUUUGACGCGUUGAAUUUUACGGCGCACAUUGCCUAUCGCAAAGGAAUUAUUCUUUUCAUUAGUGACAACCAACAGACGCUCCCCUUAGUGGAACGGACUGCACGUAACGUCGGAGAAUUUUCCUGCUGUCGCAAAUGGUACACUGGUGUGUUUACGGACACAAAGAAUUUUUUCCGCGGUGCUGUGAGGCUCCCAGACUUGGUUAUCUUUCUGUCCACGCUCACUACUUUAGCGCAACCACACAUGGCCGUUCGCGAUGCAGCAAAAUUGCUUAUACCCUCCGUAGGAAUAGUGGACACAAACGCUGAUCCCCGUUUGAUCACUUAUCCAAUUCCUGCGAACGACGAUAGCCCAGUGACAACUCGACUCUUUUGUGCUCUGUUCGGUGAGGCAAUUGUUAGAGGGAAACGUCGUGCUGCUCGAGAUGCAAUGGUACAAAAUUUGGCCGAUGAUCGUACAUCCACCACCGAACCGCUCUUACCGUCAGCUAACAGUGUAUCAGAUGAACUCGUAUGACCCUGCAUUGUCCCCACCCUUGCAUUUGGCGCCCUGCUGUACAUAAUUUGGCCCCGGAUUGAUAGUUUUUCAUUCAAUCUCUCUGGCGUCCCUUUCUAUAAAAAUGAACAAAUAUAGUUUAGAGAAAAAAACACUAAAUAAAUUGGUCUUCCAGCCCGGUUUCUUAGUACUUAACCGAGGAUCUCCCGAUCUCGGGAUGUUUUGGCAGAUAAUCAACUUAAUUUUUCAGCUAAUUUCGAA